CAUCACAUCCCGGACGAUCCGCUGCAGCAGCAGCCACCGGCCCGCUCCGUGGCACGUCUCACUCACACGUCCCAGUUUUUUUUUUCUGACGACCGGGAGGACAGGAGCCCGCUUUGGCCGCUCAAGCAUGGGAAACCUGCUGCUCUCCACCGGUCUCUUCAAAACUGAUGCAACCACAUCUGAUCAAGCCAGCAAUGGGGAGUUUGAAGCCAAAAAGAUCAGCCAUGGCAUAACUUACUAUUACACUCUGGGGGCAGUUACUCAGACAACAUCUCCUGACCAAAGUUCACAACCUCCUGGCCCCCUCUUGUCCCUUUCACCCUCAGCUGCCCCUCUCAGUGACUCCUCCUCUGCAGCUGCUUCCUCCUCGCCGCUGCUCUCAGAUUCACCUUCAGACACACCUGUCUCCUCCCAAAACCAAUCACAUUCUGAACCCACCGCCCGCCCGCUCCUUGUUUUCUUCUCGUGGCUCGGAGCCCGGCCAGCGGCGGUGGCCAAAUACAGGGACCUGUACAUGGACCGUGGCAUGGAUGUCCUCCUGGUGCAGAGUCGUGUAACGCACUUCUUGUGGCCUCGGUGGGGGCUCGAAUAUGGGUUGGAGGUUUUGAACAUCCUGGAAGAGCCUCAGUUCUCACAGAGGACCGUGCUGGUCCACGCCUCAUCCAUCGGCGGCUACACUUUCACCCAGAUUCUCACCCACAUUGCGGAAGGACCCAAACAACACUCAGGCCUGGCACAGAGGGUGAUAGGGCACAUCUAUGACAGCUUGGUGGUUGGCUCUCUGGAGCACAUGGCGAUAGGCCUCGGAAAGACUCUGAUGCCCCGAAUAGAGAGCUUCAUCAGAAACACCGCCAUGCUUUACUUCUGGCUUUUCAAAAGCCACACAGCGAACUUCUAUGAAAACAGCAUCCAAGUUUUCCACAACAGCCCGAUUACUACGCCAGCCCUCUUCUUCUUCAGCGAAAACGACGCAAUGUGCAACUGUGUCGUCCUGGAAAAGGUGAUUGACUUGUGGAGGAAGAGGGGAGUGGCUGUGGAGAGCAGGAAGUGGAAGAAGUCGAUACAUGCAGCCCACAUGCGAUGCCACCCGGAGGAUUACCUCUUCACGCUCCAGCACUACUUGAACUCGCUGCCUAUUUUAAAGCAACAAUGUGAAGCGAUGGGCAAGUAAAGAUCUUGCUUAACUGAAUUUCCAAACUGCAACAUACUUUUAAUUUGAAGGAAAGCACACUUUGAUUAGGUUAUCUUGUAGCUGUGACAUCAAUAAUGGUCAACAGUUUAAUGAUGCACGUUUCUCUGUAUUUAAACGUUCUCAGUUUGCUUUUGCUGCUUGUUUUGAACCACCGUUACGAGGUUAUUAAUUAUACUACUGGACCACAAUAUGUCACGUGACGCUUGUUUUGCACAUUUACGAACAACAAGUGCUGCCUAAUAAACUGUUACGACUCUUACCGGAGAUAUGAGUUCUGCAGACUAUAUACAAUAAAGCUCAGUUGUGAAUUGUUCCAAACAG